UGCCGUGGUGCUUUUGACCCUUGGCAUCGGGCGAGUUCAUUGCGGCGCUCGAGCGGGGGUGUCAGCCAGCUCUAUCACUCCGGUCUUCUCCGUCCGCAGCAGCAGCGCCGACGGCGCCAGAAACACGAUGACGUGCUUCACGCAGCAGCGUGUCUUCUAACCAGUCUUACCUAUACGUAUAUACAUACAUAUACACGCCGUGUCGGAAGCUCGAGGGAAAAUUGUUCGGAUGGUUGCGCGGAAUUGCGCCUACGAAACUCUGUGAAAGAAUAAAUAGGCGAUCGCGAACGUCAGUAACGUCGCCGACCGGAAAAACAAGGGACGCGGCGGCGGCCGACCCACGUGAUUAUUCUACCUACCUAUCUACCUACCUGUCCGUCUUCGGGGAGAGGCAUGCGACUACCCGAUGGCCAUAACCUGAAUCGAGCCGAUCCGACCCGAUUGAACCCGAUUCGCGCCGCCUGAACUGAACUGAACUCGAUUGAACGAAACCCGAACCUUUCGGACGAAUGAAAGAAAACAAACGGUAGCCAUUGAACUUUUUUUCCCUUCUCUCGUGUACUUUACCUCUCGUUAAUUCGUUUUUUUGCGGCAGAGACGCUACGAAUAAUCCAGUUAAACGCGAGUGCACGAAUCCGGUUAAACGUGAAUGGUGUAUAUACGUGUGCGCGUUCGUUUGAAGAGAGAAAAAAAAGUGUCGGUCUGGCUUGUGGACUCGGUAACAGGUGACCGAACCGACCGAACGAACGGGAAACGGGACGAGACUACGGAACGGGAUUGAUCGCGAUACACGCGUGUGUCGUGCGCGUUUCCUCGUUAUUUCUCUCCUUCUGGUGACAACGAACCAUCGAGAAUACGACGCGGUGCGUGCGGUGUCACCGAUACGGUUAACCGUUACGCGUAAUAAUCGUUUUCGAAGGCGGCGGCGGCGGCGGCGGCAGCGGCGGCGUGGGAGUCCGACAUUUUAACCGCCUCUCUCGUUUAUUCGGAAACCCAUACACAGAUACCCGAGUGUCCACGUGCGAAAAUACAGGUCAGCGAGAAGAGGAUCGCGUGUGCGUGUUGCGAGCUUAUUUUAACGAAAAAGAUCGCAAAUAUUUAUUAUUGUGCGUGUAGUGAUCGAGAGAAAGAGAUAAAGAGAGCGACAGAGAGAGGGGUGAGGAGGAGAGGAAGAGAGAACCAAAGGAAGAAGGAAAGAGAGGAAUCUUAUCGUCUCACGCGUGCAUAUUUCGUGUCUCAUGGUCACGAUCUGUUUGUUUUUUCAUUAUCGCGAGACCACCACGCGUUUCAUUGCCAAAGGAGGAAGAAGAAGAGGGAAAAGUGUUGUCAAUAGUUACAGUGAAAACUAAACUAAAGUGUAAUUUUUUUAGCGUAACGAGUUUAUAGAAAGCGUGUGCGUCGAACGAAGAAUAUUAACGGUAUAUUCGUUGAAUCCGCGCGCGCGUGUUUGUGCGUGUGUGCUUUUUGUACUUUUCUCGCGAGAAAGUGCUUUUGUGUCUUGGAAUUCGUAUCGUCGUUCAAGGAUGAGAAACACUUGACACUGGGAUCGAGGAAUCGUCAUGAAAACACUGGACAACGAGAUCGAAUGAGAAGAGGACCGUCGUUCCCAGUAAAAGCCGGGAGUUGUUAGUGGUACGGGGAAGACGAAGCGAACAGCGGAAUAGCGAUAGAAAAGAGAGAAAAAAAUAAGGGAGAAACAGCUAGAGAGACGACGGAGGUGACAGUUCCCGACAAAGUUGGUUAAAAAGCACGGAAAGGACGAGGAGGAUCGAACGAAACGGGAGAAAUCGCGCCAAAGUCGUAUCCGUGGAUCGCACGAUAAAAGGGGGGAGAGAGAGAGAGAGAGAGAGCGAAGAAGAAAAAGAAAAAGAUCGUCGUCGUCAACGUAGGGUCGUCUUGUAAAUAAGAAUUAUUAUUUUUUCGCAUGAGGGAAAAGAGAAAGAAAAGGAUACGCCCGUGUCACGGAACGAGAAGAAACGAGCGAGGAGACAAGUUCGAGGGUCCUCCAACGGAAUAUACGCUGUUUCGAAGGACUUUCUCUCUCUCUCUCUUUCUCUCUCUCUCUCCCUCUCAGAAAGAUACACCUUAGAGACGAUCAGAAGGACAGGGAGCCCUCGUACGAGAAUAAAAUCUUCCAUUUUCAAAAAAGAAUUAUCGCUAAUCGUGGAAGAAGUUUAGCCUAGACUUUAAAAGAAAAUUUUCACGGUACCAAAAGAGAGAGAGAGAGAGGGAGAGAGAGAGCUACAAGGAAGACAGAAGGAAAGAACAAGGGUGCACCGAUCGAAGGAAAAAGGGAAAGAGACCGUGAAAAGGAACACCUGGAAGAGAAGAAGAAAAAGAAGCAGAAGCCGAAACAGAAACAGAAGAAGAAGAAAAGGAAGAGAGGGAGAGGAGGAAGCGUAAGGGGUGCUAUCGGAGAGAAAGAGAGAAGAAAGAGGGUGCAACGGGGGGUAGUGGCCCAUGUUGUGAGGCGUCUGAAGACUGCCGGGGGCAGAAGUGAAAGGAGGAGGGCGGCGGCGGCUGCGGAGGGUGGGAAGGAGACGGCGGUAAGGGUGCCGGUGGCAUGGAGUAUGGAAGCGGAGGGGUCGGGGGCGGUGGCGGAGGUGGCGGCCGCGGGGGCGUGCAACCACCCUCGGCAGGUGCGAGGGGCAUGCCGGGAACGGACACUACCGAUGCCGCCUGGCACAAACACGAACAAAUGAUCCUUAUGGAAUCUAGGCAUAAGCAACAAUUAAGCGGGAGGGCAGUCGCCGGAGGUGGCGGCGGCGGCGGGGGUGGCGCGCCUCUUUACGGUCGCCUCGUGGCCGAGGAACCAUUGCCGCCGACCGUAUGCGGCGCCGGUACCGUUCCCGGUCCUGGGGGCGUCCCCCAGGAGACGCCCGCCGAUAUCCACGCGAUGCAGGCUAGGAUACCCCACAGAUUUCGCGACCCGGCCACGGCGCCUCUUAGGAAGCUCAGCGUGGACCUCAUCAAGACUUACAAACACAUCAACGAGGUUUAUUACGCGAAAAAGAAAAGAAGGGCGCAACAGAUGCAAGGCGAGGACGGUUCCCAUAAAAAGGAAAGGAAAUUGUACAACGAUGGUUGGGACGACGAGAAUCACGAUUAUAUUAUCAAGAAUGGGGAAAAGUUCCUCGAUCGCUACGAGAUCGAUUCGCUGAUAGGUAAAGGCAGUUUCGGCCAAGUAGUGAAAGCGUUUGAUCACGAGGAGCAAACGCAGGUGGCAAUAAAAAUAAUCAAGAACAAAAAACCUUUUCUAAAUCAAGCACAGAUCGAGGUGAGGCUGCUGGAAAUGAUGAACAGGGCGGAUACCGACAACAAAUAUUAUAUAGUCAAGCUAAAGAGGCAUUUUAUGUGGCGGAAUCAUCUCUGUCUGGUGUUCGAACUGUUGUCCUACAAUCUGUAUGAUUUGCUGAGAAACACGAACUUUCGCGGAGUAUCGUUGAACCUGACGAGGAAGUUUGCGCAGCAACUGUGUACUGCCCUUUUGUUCCUCUCCACGCCGGAAUUGAACAUCAUACACUGUGAUCUGAAACCGGAGAACAUACUUUUGUGCAAUCCGAAGCGAAGCGCGAUUAAAAUAGUCGAUUUUGGUAGCUCGUGUCAACUUGGACAGAGGAUAUACCAGUAUAUCCAGUCCAGGUUUUACCGAUCGCCCGAAGUCUUGUUAGGGAUACCUUACGACCUCGCGAUAGACAUGUGGAGUCUAGGGUGUAUUUUAGUUGAAAUGCAUACUGGGGAACCUCUGUUCAGUGGCUCCAACGAGGUCGAUCAGAUCAAUAAAAUCGUGGAGGUGUUAGGCAUGCCACCGAAACAUAUAUUGGACCAAGCGCACAAAGCGCGGAAGUACUUUGACAAAGUCCCCAUGGACGGCUCGUACGUGUUGAAAAAAUCGAAGGACGGGAAGAAGUACAAACCGCCGGGGACGAGGCGUCUGCACGACAUUCUUGGUGUAGAGACCGGCGGCCCCGGCGGCCGAAGGAUAGGCGAGCCCGGGCACUCCAUAUCCGAUUACCUCAAGUUCAAGGAUUUGAUACUGAGGAUGCUCGACUUCGAUCCGAAGACGAGGGUAACGCCGUAUUACGCGUUGCAGCACAACUUCUUCAAGCGCACGGCCGACGAGGGGACCAACACGAGCAUAGCCGCCGCGAACAGCGCCAACACCAGUCCGGCGGUCGUCGCGAUGAGCCAAGAUCACGCAGGACUGGUAACCAUGUCGGGACAGGGGAGCAAUAGCGCCGGGAACCCGAUGCCAUCCGGCGGUGGCGGUUAUCAACCGAUGGAGUGCGAUGCGUCGCCCCGUCACACAACGGGGAACAGCAGUAACGGCGGCAAUCAUCGCCGAGGAGGGGGCGUUUACCCGUCGACGUCGACGAACGUCGUCGCCGGGAUGCCAGUAACGUCCUCGUCGUCCUCGUCGUCGUCGUCGUCCUCCAUGCAACAGCAAUCGUCGAGCAACGUGGACAGCAGCAACGGCGGUGGCGGCGUCGGCGGCGGCAGCAACGGUUCCUCCUUGAUGCAAACUUCCCUGAAUUCUUACAACAGCCUGAUACUACCCGGUAUACCUCACCUACCGGCGAUGAUGACCUCGCCGAUGAUCCAACAACAGAAUUUCUACAAGUACGGUUACGCGAUGACGGCCGCGGGUGACGAUCACGCGGCUAUGGUCAGACAGUCGUCGUCGGUGAACACCGGUAAGCAGAGGGGGGAUCCUGGGGAGAGGGAGGACAGCCCCAUGGUCGGGGUGUGCGUUCAACAGAGUCCGGUCGCCAUUCAUUGAGGGACGGAAAACGAGGAGAGCGAACGAAGAAAUCAAUUACUAACGACGACGGUUUGAUGCGAGUACCGUCGAUGGAAGAGCGGUACCGUCAGGAUAUACGUAUUAGGCGAUUAUAUAUAAAUAUAUAUACUGUAUAUACGGGAAACGAUUCGCGACGAUACCGUGAGAGAACCUGAAGGGAAGAACGGAUAGAAUAGAACGGGCAGCAGGAGACUCGGAGCUUUACUCUCUCCCCCCGCCGCUUUCUUCUCGUUUCCUCGUCAAUUCGAAUAAAUCGUUUGCAAGGAAAGCUCUUAAACGCAAGAUUGAUGAUACAUCUGAAAGUACGACUACGCGAACAAUUAUUUCGAAGCGAUGGGAUAUGAGGAAGAGGAGGGGGGAGCUUCAUUUUCUUUUUUCUAUCUUUUUUUUGUUAAUUCGUCCGUCUUUAAGAAACCCUUGAAAACCGUUCGACAACGAUUUAUCGCUUGCGAACGCGUGAUUAUUACCGCGAAUAUUAUGGUCUAGUGAGGAUGAACCCAGCUGACCUCUGCGGGUCCUGCCCGAUUCUAACAAGAGAAAAGAGUAACCGAACGAAAAGGAAAAAGUCGCGUUCAAAAAAAAAAAAUAUUUCGAGACCGAAAAGGAAACACUGUGUGGCCUAGAGAGCGAAAAAG